GUYUGUCCUGGCAAGAUGACAUCACCCAGUACAUUGUUACCAAAGAGCUGAGCAGAGUUCCUCAYACCCCGAGACCCUCCAAGACCUCUUCCUCACAACCCAAGCAGAGCUCCUCCAAUCAGGGAGGAUACCCCAGCAGCUCUUCCAAUCAGGGAGGAUACCCCAGCAGCUCUUCCAAUCAGGGAGGAUACCCCAGCAGCUCCUCCAAUCAGGGAGGAUACCCCAGCAGCUCCUCCAAUCAGGGAGGAUACCCCGGCAGCUCCUCCAAUCAGGGAAGAUACCCCAGCAGCUCCUCCAAUCAGGGCGGAUACCCCAGCAGCUCUUCCAAUCAGGGAGGAUACCCCAGUCAGGCUGACAGCCACCAGGAYUACAUGAUAGUAGACCAUCCCCAGUUCCCCCUCCGCAUGCAGACCUCUCCCAUGGACCCCUAUACUUAUCAACAGCACAGAUACCAGGAAGAUGUGGAGCGCUCCCUCCACCAGGGAGGAAGAGUCUACCCAGGGCCCCGCCCCUCAUCUAGAUCCCAACAUGCCAAACAGAGAGAGAGAGACCGUCAGCUGCUGCAGGACGUCAUCUCCCUCUAUCUGUCCUCAUCCCCUGCACAGCCCUCGUUCCGCCACAGGGGGGCAGCGGCACUUCCGGCCUCACCCUACUACGAGAACCUGGAACUGCCUCUGGACUAUGUGGAGGACUACAGUGUGACAGAGCAGGAUACGGCCAGGCAACAGCUACGACAGCAGAAGAUGCAGUUACAGCAGCAGCAACAGAAGAAGAAGGUUCCCCAGGACUACAGCUCUCUGGCUGGGCUGGAUGAUCCAUUUACCAAUGAUCGGAUCACACCGAAGGAGAAACAGCAGAUGCUUAAAAGCAGUGACACCGUGUCCAACAAGGGAGAGAAUGCUCCCGUCCCUGUCCCCUCUCCCUCCUCUACCUCGGUAGCUGAUGUGGCCCCUACCCUGGCCCCUGCUGCCACUAGUCCCACUCUCAAAGCACCUAUAGCGGUCAGUGUGACGGCCAAGGGCCCCUCUGUCUCUGUGGAGGAUGUGAAAGGGAAGGUGAAAAGCUCCAAUGUCCCAGCAGGGCUACCAGCUGCUGAGGGAGGAACAGCAGCCAGGGAGGAGUAUGGAUACAUCGUCACUAACCAGAGGUCAGUUCUGGCAACCCACUCCCGCCGCACGCCCCGCGCCCCACCCGCCUGGGGCGUCAUCCCCUGCGGCACCGCCCCCACCAGCACGUCCAACUCUGACGCCUGCCAAAGUCCUCUCAGUCUGUAUGAUGGGGUGAAACUACUGGAACUACUGGCAGAGAGAAUUCACCUGACUACCAGCAGCUUCAUCAACAUCAGUGUUGUGGGUCCAGCCCUGACGUUCAGGAUCAGACAGAACCCUCAGAAUAUGAGUGCAGAGGACGUGGCUGAGAAGGCUGACCUUUUGGAGUCUGAGACAGGACUGAAGAUCCUGCAGACUGGUGUGGGAGAGAGGAGUGAGGGUCAUGGGCUGCCCCAUGCCACGCGGGUGAGGGAGGGCUCCAGUGGGCUGGUACUGACGCUAGUGUCCAUGGCGUGUGUGGGCGGGGUGGUGGUGGUAGCGCUGACCAUCGCCUGUCUCAGACACCACGCCCAGCAGCCGGCCUCAGGGAAACUGGGCCUCGGACCCGAGGGAGGACCGGAGACACACUUUGACUACCAGGAGCUCUGCAGGCAGCACAUGGCAGCCAAGACGUCGCUCAGUCGUCAGGAGGCGGUGGGUGUGGGAGCGGGGGGUCGGAGGGGGACAGACACCUCCAGGGUGAGCAGUGUGUCGUCCCAGUUCAGUGACGGCCCUCAACACAGCCCCUCCUCACACAGCAGUACGCCCUCCUGGAGCGAGGAGCCCGCCCAGUCCAAGAUGGACAUCUCUACUGGUCACAUGAUACUG